UCUUUCUUUUAUUGUCAGAUAGAUACAAUUUCACUGGAAAUCAGGACGCUGUAUCCUUCUGUACCCGAAGAUGCAGAACAAAAAGCAGAAAAUCUGUUUGUUAAAGAGGCUUGUAAAUAUUACAGUUCUCAGUGGCAUGUUGUGAACUACAAAUAUGAACAGUAUUCAGAAGACUUUCGACAUUUACCACAAAAUGACUGUAGACCAGAGAAACUGCCAUCACAUUCCUUUGAAAUCGAUCAUGAAGAUGUAGAUAAGGAUGAAGAUACAACAUCCCACUCAUCUUCAAAAGGUGGCGGUGGUGGAGGAGGAGGAUUAGCAGCAGGAGUUUUCAAAUCCGGAUGGCUUUAUAAAGGGAAUUUCAACAGCACUGUAAACAAUAGCAUCACUGUUCGGUCAUUCAAAAAGCGCUACUUCCAGCUGACACAGUUGUCAGAUAACUCAUAUAUUAUGAAUUUUUACAAAGAUGAAAAAAUAUCUAAGGAGCCAAAGGGAUGUAUUUUCUUGGAUUCCUGUACAGGAGUCAUACAGAAUAACAGGCUUAGGAAACAUGCCUUUGAGCUGAAAAUGAAUGACCUCACAUACUUUGUGCUGGCAGCUGAAAAUGAACAGGAUAUGGAUGACUGGAUUUUCACUCUCAACAAAAUCCUGCAAAUAAAUCCAGAGGGGACCAUUCAGGAAAGGAAAAGUGCAGACCUCACCGAUCUGAAACUUGACCCUGCAGAAGCUUCAGUGAAUUAUGAUUGCUCUCAAGAAGAGGCUGAUUCUUCAGAGAACACCUUGCAUCCAGACUUUGCAAAAUACAUCACAGAAACAGAAGAAACAGUGAAAGCUUCUCGAAAUACAGAGCGACUAAAUCUUUUCUCCUUGGAUCCUGAUAUAGCAUCAGUGAAUCCUCAGAAAAAGGAGUUUCCAGGGACAAACUCAGUGAUCAAGCCAUUUGAAGAAAAACCUGCUAAGCGGAUCCUGAUAACUUGCAAAUCCCUCAGUUGGAAUCUCCAGGCCUGCGUUACUGAAAAUGAAAAUGAUCCUUCAACUAAUGUGGAGCCUUUCUUUGUGAGCGUGGCACUGUAUGAUGUCAGGGAUGGCAAGAAGAUAUCUGCUGAUUUUCAUGUGGAUUUGAACCAUGCUCUCGUCAGACAGAUGAUCUCAGGUUCUUCGUUUUCAUUAGAAAACGGCACUGUUGAAAAUAUAGACUCAAGUGAAGUGGAAGAACCACAGGUCAGGGGGUUCCCAGAAGAAUGGCUGAAGUACCCAAAACAGGCUCUUUUCUCCAUAAGUAAUCCUCAUUCUGAGAUCGUAUUAGUAGCAAAAAUAGAGAAGGUGCUCACAGGAAACAUUGCCAGCAGUGCUGAACCUUACAUUAAGAAUCCUGAUUCUUAUAAGUGUGCACAGAAAGUGUUAAAAUCCAAUAAACAAUUCUGUAGCAAGCUGGGAAAAUACCGUAUGCCAUUUGCUUGGUCGGUGAGACCAGUGUUCAAAGAUAAUCAGGGAAAUGUUGACAGAGACUCACGAUUCUCGCCUUUAUUCAGGCAAGAAAGUAAUAAGAUUUCCAUGGAAGAUUUGAUUAAGCUAAUAGCUGAAUACAGAAGAGCAGAGAAGAUUAGCAAAAUACAGACCAUACCUGGCAGUUUGGAGAUUGCAGUUGAUUGUGUUCCUUUGGAGCAUCCAAAUUGUGUAACUUCAUCUUUCAUCCCAAUCAAGCCAUUUAAUGACAUAAAGGAACAUCAGCCCACAGUGGAAGUUGAGGAGUUUGUACAGGAAUCAACAAAAUAUUCUCGCCCUUACAGAGUUUACAAGAACCAAAUAUACAUAUACCCAAAACACCUCAAGUAUGAUAGCCAAAAACAUUUCAAUAAGGCACGGAAUAUAACAGUAUGCAUUGAAUUUAAAAGCUCUGAUGAAGAAGGAGCAAAGCCACUGAAGCACAUUUAUGGGAAACCAGGUGGACCAUUAUUUACAACAGCAGCCUACACCGCUGUGCUGCAUCAUUCCCAGAAUCCAGAUUUCUAUGAUGAGGUGAAAAUUGAACUUCCCACUCAACUCCAUAAGAAACACCACAUUCUGUUUUCAUUUUAUCAUGUCACGUGUGACAUAAAUGCAAAAGCUAAUGCCAAAAAGAAAGAGGCUCUGGAAACACCAGUGGGAUAUGCAUGGCUUCCUUUGUUGAAAGAUGCUCAGCUUGCUUCCCAAGAACACAACGUGCCAGUAGCAAGCAGUUUGCCUCCCAAUUAUUUAAGCCUUCAAGAACCUACUAGUGGAAAGCAGAUCGGCUGUGAUGUAAAAUGGGUAGAUAGUGGGAAGCCACUUUUCAAAGUGUCUACUUUUGUUGUAUCAACAGUAAAUACUCAGGAUCCAUACCUGAAUAACUUUUUCUAUCAGUGCCAAGAAAGGGAGAAGGAUUUCUCUCAGCCUCCUACCUCAAACUUUAUAAGUUCUUGUAAGAAUUUGCUGAGGAUAGAGAAGAUCCAUGUAAUUAUGAACUUUCUUCCCAUAGUCCUGAAUCAACUCUUCUGGGUUUUGGUGCAAAACAGUGAUGAUGAAGUUACAACAGCUGUGACCAGAGUUCUUACUAAUAUUGUUGCUAAAUGCCAUGAAGAACAGCUAGACAACUGCAUCAAUUCCUAUGUGACGUAUGUGUUCAGAACCAAAUCAUUUGAGGAAAGGACUAUUCAUGAGGAGCUGGCCAAGAAUAUGACUGGUCUUCUGAAGUUAAAUGACCAAGUAACCGUGAAACAGGUUUUAAAGCACUCCUGGUUCUUCUUUGCAGUCAUAUUAAAAUCAAUGGCACAAUACUUGGUUGAUACAAAGAAAACAAAGGUUUCUCGAACUCAGAGGUUUCCAGAGUCAUUUCAAACUGAGCUGGAUACACUUGUGAUGGUCAUGGCAGACCAUGUUGUUUGGAAGUACAAAGAAGCUCCUGAAGAAACUAGGAAUGCAAACUACAGCACUGCCAGAUUUCUCAAGCGCUGCUUUACAUUUAUGGAUCGUGGAUUUGUGUUCAAGAUGGUCAACAACUAUAUAAGUAUGUUUGGAACAGGAGAUAGCAAGACUUUACAUCAGUUCAAAUUUGACUUUCUCCAAGAAGUCUGUCACCAUGAACACUUUAUCCCUCUGUGCCUGCCAAUACGAUCUUCAAACAUUCCCGGUAAGGUGAUCCCUAAAAAGGAUUUUGUAGAGUAGAGAAUUACUGGGUGGUUCAGAUAACUCUAACAUUCUGUGUCUGCACAUCAACUGUGGACGUUUGUCAGAUGUGGUAUUUUAGUGUGAUAAAAUAAUGUUGCUUCACUGUGUCUGUAAAUACAAGCAAACCUUGCCUGUCCAGCUAGAAGGUGGGAGCUGACUCUCCUGCUGGAAAUGUGUUGAAAUCUCUGAAUCCUGAAUUACUAAAGCCUCUGCAUAUGGAAGGAGUUAAACAGAUACAGUAAAAAGGAGAAGACGCCAAGACUCUGGUGGUUAGAGAACUGUGAAACUAGUUGCUGGAAAAAGCUUUCUUGCUGCAGUUGACUGUAUGACUUGUCCAUAUGACCAUCCUUCCUGUGGGAGGAGGACAUGAGCUGGUCACACAUGAGGAAUUUAGAAACCUCCUUCUUAUGGAAAAGAGGCUGUUGGUACCUUGGCCUCCAGAGUAUCUCUAGAGUAUCUCUAGGUUGGCAGGAGGGUACCAUGCAAUAACUCUUUCCUUCCAAAUGCAUUUACUGUGCACUGUCACACAGUUCUGCUGUGUUUUGCCUGGAGCAGCAAGGCAAGAACGGCUCGUUUCAGAGUGCACUAGUGCUGCCGCAUGAACUACUUCCUAAGGUGGGAAAUACUGUGGAUAACCUACAUGAGAAGCAUGAACAGAUCUUGUUUAGACUUUGUUGCAGGAGCUAAUUUACUCUGCUGAUGCCCCAAGACAUGUAGCAGCCAUGUUUGCCUGGGUUGAUGGCCCUACCACCCCUGGCUUCCCACCGUCUAGCUGGACAGUCUGCAUGCACAGCAGGUUUCCUUCUACCUAGAGAGCACGAGGCUGAUUGAUAGUGAGAGCAGAGCCCUGCGCUGCUCCUUUGUGCACACUGAAGCCUGUUGUUUAGGACCUAACUUUGUGGCCAAUACCAGCUACUGAGUGCUUUUCUUCUUGGUUUCAGAGAUGCUAGGUUUUCAGCUCUAGGUACAGCUGCCAGUUCUGACAGUUUUAUGUGGACUUGGGGAUGUUCUGUUGGAAUGUAUUCACUGAAGUUGCUGGGAUCUGAGGGUACCUUUCAGGGAUGGGAGAGUUAUUCUUCUGUGCAGCAUUUC